UAAGUUAUUGUACAAAUUGUAUUAGGCAUACGAUAUGGUACAAAUUCUUCUAAGAUAAAACCCACAUUUUAAAAUGAGAUUUGAUAGUCCUAUAUAGUUUUGCUUAGAAUUUUACUAAGAAAAAAGGCAUUGAAAUAAUAACAUAAAAAUUUAUAAUUUUCUGUGAACAUUGAUGAGUUAAAUUUGACAUAUAUACGGCCUUCUAGUGUCAAAAUUUUCGGUAAUCGGUUAUUGGUCUAAGAUUUUGUUUCAUGUUUGUUGAUUAUUUAAAAUUUUAAGCCCAUAACGUUAAACUAUAUCAGUUAAAUAAGAUGUAUCUAUCGUCUGUCAGUUCACGUUUGUUGUUAUAUGAUACAAACAAUUGGGAAUUGAAAUAUUGUCAUGGAAAAUCCGAUGGAAUUAUACGAGAUGUGUCUUGGAGCGAUGAUAGUAAAUAUAUCCUAUUGGUCAACCCUAAAGGAACUGCUGAAAUUUUAAGUCCUGCAUCCCAUAACUUGGUGUUACAGCAUAUCCCAAUCGACGAUUCAUGUGCAGCAUGCUUCCAAAGAGAUGGCCAUCGUAAUAUAGCAGUAGGAACUACAAAAGGUGAAGUGAUCAUUUGGGAUGCUAAAAACAAAGAAAAAACCAAAAUAUUUCCCACAUUGCCAUCCUAUGCUGCAGUAGACUUUUUAAGUUUUAAUGCUAAAAAUACAAAUUUAGCUGCUAGUAUGCAAAAUGGCGACACUGUGAUUUAUGGGCUAGUGUCUAAUAUACCUAUUUCAACUGUUAAACUUAAUUGUUCCAAGAGCAUAUCGGCAAUGAAGUUUCAUCAUGAAGCAAGGUCACUAUUAGGUCUAGCAACUGAUGAAGGGCAUGUUAUACUAAAGGAUGUUAGUGUUAAUAAGGACAAAGUCACUUUUGAGAACAGUCAUGCAUCUCCAGUUUCCGAUUUUGUAUAUUCCCUUAUCAAUAGGGAUGUUAUGCUAUCUUGUGGUCUUGAUAAAAAUUUGCAAGUUUAUGAUAUCAAACAAAGAAAUGUUGUAUCAACUUUAAAAACGCCACAUGCCUUAACAUCAUUGGCAAUAAAUGGAGAAAAUCAAGUUGCACUUGGAACUCAGAAGGGCUAUGUUUUGCUGUAUGAUUUAAGAGACUUAACUACACCAUUAAAAAUUUUAAAAGGCCAUAACAAUAAAGUAAAGAAAGUAGCAUUUCAGCCACCAAGAAAAAAAUUUAUGUCUCCAGAAUUAAGUUUGGUUGAUAAAUUGGAUACAAACAGCCCCAAUAUUGAAUCACCAAUUCAAAACAAUUCAUUAGAUAUGCUAUUUACAUGCAACACACCACCAAAUCGUUUAGAACCACCUGCAAGAGACGUGGAAGAUUCAUUUCUUUUUAAAAUGGGUAUGGAAGACAAAACAAUUGAAGAAUUAGAAAUAAAUCAAAAUAGAUCAUUAGAAACUUAUAGAAAAAGUGAUCGUAAUGAAUUCAGAUUGCAUCAGUUGGAUAUUGAAAAUAGUGCUAUCCAACAAAAAUCCUCUACACCAAUUAUAAAUAAAACUGCAGAUAACAUUAUGCAAAACCUCACAACACAAAAUGGUAUAAGUGAAGAAAGAGCUUCAAAUUCUAACAGUGUACCGAUAAAAUCCAAUAUCUCAGUUCAAAAUGUUGGUAUUGACAAUAAAACUAUAGAAGAGCUAAAAGAUUUCUUCAAAUUAAGUCUUUCAUAUGUCGCAGAUGACAAUAAGAAUUGUUUUCUUCAUAUUAUGAUGGCAUUGACUAAACAAAAGCUUUAUUUAGAAAAGCAGCUAUCUCAAAUGAGCAACCAAUUAUUAAAGUUAGAGGAAAAUCAAAAUGAAUUGGUAGAAAUAAAUAGAAAACUAGCUUUAGAAAUUGAUCAAUUGAAAUCUAGGCACACCUCAUUUUAAUUUUGCCAUCUAAUUGAUGUAAUCCCACAUGUAAACUCUUAAUAUGGUAACUGGAUUACUAGAAGAACCACUCUGAGAUUGAAUUUGCUACAACUGUUUAAGAACAGUGAGGUAGAUUAUAAGUUUACUGCUACUACAAACUUACACUUCUAAACUUCAAGACAGAUGAAUUAUUAUGUUAAACUGCUGUUGAAAAAUUAGAGUUACUAUAAAGCAUAACUGUGGUGAUAAUGGAAAAUUACAGCUUGGAUUUAUUGUUCUAUCUUCUUUUAAUAAUAUCACAUCUGGAGAUGUGGCCAUUAGGCAAUAUUUUGCAUUAUAGCAAAGAAAUUUUGUAUAAAAUUAACAUUAUCUUUACCAUACUAUUUUUAGAAAGCCCAUAAUUAAUAUUGUGUAUAACACAUGGUAAUUAGUUUUAAGUAAAGACUUGAACAAGACUUUUUAUGGGUAUGAAACAAUGAUUUAAAAACUAGCAAUGAUUUUAUUUAGUACUUUACAUCAAUUACUUUACUAGCUUUAACUACAUUGGUAUAUAAUAUAAAGUAAAUAAUGAAUUUAUAAUAUUAUAUUUGACUUGUAUUCUGUGCCAAUUUUAUCUCAAUAUUGUAACUAUUUUUUUAAAGACUAAUUAUUAAGAUAUUUUAAAAUUGUUAUUAACCAGAAUCAUUGUUGUUUCAUUUGCAGCCAUGAAGAUCCUAAAUAAAAUAAAAUGCAUGUAACAUU